CUUUAUUUAUUUACCCAAAGCGCGUGCUAGUUUCAUAGCGCAUUCAACUGCGCUAUUUUUGUGGUAAUUCUCAUUUAUUAGUUCAAAAUGAGAAUAGAAACGUGUUAUUUCUGCUCCAGCAAAAUCUUCCCCGGACAUGGGAUGGUCUUCGUGCGAAACGACUGUAAGGUCUUCCGUUUCUGUCGUUCCAAAUGCCGAAGGGCAUUCAACAAAAAGAAGAACCCGAGAAAGAUUCGCUGGACCAAGGCUUACCGCAAAACGCACGGCAAAGAGCUCACUAUUGACCCGGCGUUUGAGUUCGAAAAGCGUCGUAACGUUCCGGUUAAAUACAACCGAGAGUUGUGGAGUAAAACGUUGGACGCCAUCAAGAAGAUCACCGAAAUCAAGGAACGCCGGGAGCGACACUUCGUCAUGGAGCGGCUACGAAAGGCUCGAGAUCACGAAAUUCACAACGACAUAGUGGACGUGCAGAAGAACAUCGCCCUGAUUCGGUCCCCGGCAAUCGGCUUGAAGGAACGCCGCGCCAGAGAGGAAGCCCAACAGUCGGCAAUGCAAAUGGAUGUGGAAGAGGACGAAGAGGAAAUCGAGUACGUCGAUGCCCGACAGCUGGAGAAGCGGCUGGAAGAAUCGGCCGGACAGUUGGAGGAAGAUGCCGAGAUGAUGAAGGCGUAACUAGGAGGGGUGCUAUCUUAAGUAAGUUUUUGGUGUUUACCUUUUUGUGGUACAAGCUGAAAUGAAGCAGAAUUGUAAACUAUUA